AUGGCUGCUACCGCGACUAUGCCUGGUGCAACGGCAAGUACUGCCUGCAGCCGCUGUGCGGAGAUGUCUGCUCGUUUGCAGCGAUCCGAGAAGGACCUGCAUGACAAAAUCGAGGAAAUCGCAAAACUCUACCAGCAGAUAGGUAAUCCAAUCAAAUUACUUUCUUUUGCAUUUCAAAUUCGAUGAUUCUGAUUGAAGAUCAAGAUGUUGACUUUCCUGGAUCAAUUUGUCGUCGUUGUAGUUGUGAACUCUGUAAGAACAACAGGUGCCGGAAAUUUUGUCGACGCUGAGAAGACUCGAACGGUGCGCUUUCGAUUGAAUCCGUGCUAUACCAAAAUGCUGCAUGAUCAUGUGGAUGAACUCGUCGAGGCUGGGAAAAGUCGCGAUGCCAUAGACCGCUGCUUGGCUGAGGAUCAAAAUAUAGUGAACAAUAUGAGCUACACCAGAAACUACUUCUCGGUUGCAGGCGGUUCUUCCUCAAGCACAAGUGCGAACAUUGGUCCUGCGAGCACUGCAGCAGCCUCUGCUUCAUCCUUGGCGAAUAGCAGGAGCAUGCCGACCACUUCUCCAAACCCAAAACGAUCUUACCAUGCUGUUGACGAUGCUGGUAGAUACCAUGCGACGAAGCGCGUAAGAAUGAAUGUUGACAACGAGCAGGACGCUGGAGACGCUAGAGGAGGGACUAAUCAAUCAGAAAAGCAUGAGGCAGGGAGGAAUGAAAGAAGCGACAUUGACGCUACAAGACUGGGCUUGGAGGCUGAGUCAAACUCCCUGACGAGUAAUUCCGGCAUAACCAAGAACGAACCACUUCUAGUAGCAUCGCUGCAGGCUACAGCAACAAGCAGUUCGAAUGAUGGUUCCGGAUUUGGUGGAGCGUCCUCCUCAUCUUCCGCAGAGAUCACGCGCAAGGUAGAGGCACUUGAUGAAAAGGUCUUGGAGCUGCACCUAGAACUUGAGGCUGAGAGAAAGAAGACUGAGAAACUGAAGCGCGCGUUUCAGAUCCAGAGUGAACGUUACCGCAUUGGCGUGGAGGAGCUGCUUGGCUGGCGACUUCGCAUGCGCGCCAACAAUGUUUGGCAAAUCUCGUCACCGUACGGUGGUUUGGCCGACUUCGGCGAUUUGGUGGUGGAACAGAGCAGUAAUCAUCAUCCACCGCGGGGAGCAGUAGUCGAGCAACGAAAUGGUGAUAGUGGUGCAGUUAAGACUUCCUCUAGCAAUAAUGUUGCGCAACAAGUUGUUGAGGUGAACGUCCUUAGCAAAUCGUCGGCAGCUUGGAUGGGUCUUUUUGAAGAGUACGAACUCACGGAGAGCAGAAAGACAAUACGGAACGACGCGAGCGAAGCAAGUUUUGAUGAUGUUACCCCGGAUGAAUUGUUGCCAAAGUUUCUUGCCUUUGCGGCGACAAAGAGGAGAAGCGACAUGGAACGAGGUUUGCUGCAAUUGUCAGGAGACGGGUAGGGCAAGGAUAAAACACUCUGGCUGAGUAUACUUGUGUAUGUACCUGGAAUUCGAUUUGCUGCGCCGCGCGCUGGUGUCAACACUUGUAAUGUCUGAGAAUCCACCUCCUUAUUCUUGAAAAAUGAGGGCAAGAGUUGUAGUUGCGGUAGUGCAACAGUUAGACGACACGGUAAGUAACUGUAACACGUCCAAGACUUUUUUGUUGCGGUCAUAGCUUGUCACCUUGUUCAAAAUGAAAAAUAAUGAGAAAGAUGCUUAGAGGACGAGGACCCCUGCCGCGUCCGAUUGGAGAUCCACAGAGCAGAC